CGGGUUACGUUUUCGUGUGGACGGUCGAUCAGUCAGAUCUGAUCCAAAGUCCUUCUGAAUGAAGUGUACAGACUGCUGUCCAGAAGGUGGUGCCUUACCCCAGACCUUAUUUGCUCUCAUCAGUUUUUAGGAUUCAGAUUUAGGUAUAAAUAAUAUUUAUAUAUCUCUGUUUGUAUAUAUAUCUAUGGAAAAUGUCCUGCUGUGACUGCAGAGAUGUCAGUUGAGUAAAAGUACAUAACUACCAGCUAAAUUGCACUUGAAUUAUACUCGCUCCAAAAUCAACACUACUGUUACGUUACAGAGCCUUCAAGGUCCCGAAUGAUAUUUUUAUCAGGAUAAAUGUAAAGUUAUUGUUGAGGCUUUCACAAGCAAUACUAAUUCAACUUCACUCUUAUUGAAUGAUUUAUUUUAAUGUAUACAUUACACCCUUUAGUGACGGUGGCCCAACUUUAAGAAAUCUUGGAUUACAGGUCUACACAUGCAGACUUCUAUGAGUAUUAUAAGCAGUACAACACACUAUAUUGAAUCCUAUUAACAUUUGUAUGAGUAGUGUUGAUCGAGCUUUCAUUGUUGUUUCAUCUUGACUUAAAGAAUAGAGAGAACAUUGUAAUAAUUUAAUUUAUAUUGCAUUAGGACACUGGUUCAUUCAGCAAAUCACAUUUUUUAAUGUUUGUAGCAAUGCUGCAACAAUACUGACGCCAACCUUUUCCUCUCGCUGCAUUCUAAGAAUUAGCUGUCGCAGCAAGUUUGUUUCAGCGUUGAAACCUUUCCGAUGACAGACAACAGCACUGAGGCCAUAUUCUCUAUUUUGUUUGGAGAAUUUGGGAGCUUGGGGACUAUAGGGGCAGUUUGUUGACACCUAUACAUGGUGGGGGAACACAGGUUUUAGCGUUCAGACCUUAAUGUAGGGAUUUUUUGUUUCACAGAAAACAUUUAAAAGUUGUCAAGCAUAAUAUGAAAAAUUCAAAUGACAUUUUUACACAAUUUGUUUUUGGGGAAGGUUUGCUUGAUUGGACCUCAUCCCCUCAGGAUUUAAACAAUCCUGAAUAUGUUCCUGCAAUUAAGCGUGGCAGGAUAUGACACUGACUUACCAUCUUUGAUCUUGCACUUGUUUACAUGAUGAUUGAUCAAUAGCAAUAGGGAAAUAGUGCAUGCACAUAGUACAUAACAAUAAUACAUUGUGAUUGGUAUAUUAACUACCGUUCAUGGUGUCAGAAAUGUGUUUUGCGAAUGUUUUUUUUUUGAGAUGUGAUGCAACGGCCUUCCCUUUCAGUUGGAAUCUCCUCCAGGGGUUCAAUGUGAACUUAAACAAUAGUGUGAUCCCUCUCGGUGCUCGCAACUCCAGCAGCUGUCCGGUGCAUGCCGUUGCAUCAAUGCUUCUUUCCUCCAAUAGAUUUAAAGUGUGCGCCCUGGCCGACAAUAGAGGGCCCGGGAGUGGGAGGAUCAGCUCGGCAGCGAUCCUUCUGGCUUUGUUACGACCGGGAAGCCAUUUUGGAAAUCUGCUUGUUGUGCACUAGCAUAACACUCUGAAGCUACCAGCAAACUUUUGUUUUUUUUACCAGAAAAAUACGCUUUAGGAUCUGUGGGUACGCAGUAAUAGAUCAUCUUUUGUUUUCCGUUCGUCGGGAUGCUGCCAGAAGUUUGCGCAUCUUCCGUGAUAGUAAUGCGUGGAUCGUUUCCCUUUGGAUUACGCUCUUUAAAACAAUAAUAACAUACAUGGAGUCUAACCACGCGGCCUAAACAAAGAAGAAUGACCAUGGAUUUUUCACAACUGCACACAUACACGCCGCCACAGUGUGCUCCCGAAAACACCGGCUAUACCUACUCUCUCAGCUCUAGCUACUCCACAGCAGCGUUAGAUUUUGAGAAGGAGCACCAGAUCCCUGCCGUGUACGAGUCGCCCAGGAUGUCACGGCGGAGCCUGCGUCUGCAGACCGGUGCCGGUCAACAUGGCCACGAGACCCUGGCCGAUUACUCGCAGAACCACAGCAGCAGCUGCACCAGGAGAGAGACACGGACGCUGCGGAGUAAAAAGCAGCAGCAGCAGCAGUCCAGUUCCAGCUCAAUGUCUUUAUCCUUGAGCCAAGCCGACACACCGAGGAAAACCCUCUCCUUCUCAGCCGCAAAUACCCCGAUUAACAGCAGCAGCAGCAGCAGCAUCAUUCAUGAAGGCAACACAGCGUCUGAUGGCUCUUUGCUCACCUCCAUCCUGGACCAGUCCCACCUGAGACAACGCACCGUCACCACUACCACCACUUCUACUUCUGUGGAUGGACACUGGGGGAAGAGCUCCAGCAGUGACCACAGGUCGUCAAAUGUCAACGGCGACGCCAGUGCGUCAAAGUCCCACACCUCACUCGCCAAUGGAUACAUCUGCAGAGACUGCUCUUUCCACUCUCCGAAGACAGACUCCCCUAUCACACAGUCUUCAUCAUCAUCAUUAUCAUCAUCAUCUCAGACUGCACAAGCUUCCUCAGAAGGCCUCUUCUCUUCCUCCUCCUCGUCACCUUUCACAAGCGUAUACUCCAGAGACAGGAGUCGAAGGAACAAGACGGGUGUCCUGGUGUCCAUGUCUAACACGUGUCUGCGCUACUGCAAACGAGCCCUGGCCCCCAUAGUGUCCUUAGUCACCCUGCUCUUCAACAAUGUGCUCUGGCUGGGUUCACGGGCCAAGAGCCUUCCAGGAAAAGGUGUCCUUGCAUCAUUUUCGGACUCGAUGAGACAAGCCGUGUCCUCCACUUUUUCCCAACUGUGGCUGUUUAAGCAGACCACUCUCCACAGGAUGAUGGGCUACAGAGCUAAUGGCUAUGAAGGACAAGCUCACUCGAGUUUCUGUGGAAGCAUGAAUGUGAAGGAUCUGGUGACUGAAGAUGCAUCACAUCUCAAACUCAAUGGUUCCCUCUGCGACGACUGUAAAGGGAAGCAGCAUUCAGAGACGCACACCGUCCUCCUCACACAGGCCUCCAGGCCUCGACGCCUGUUGGGCGCACUGUGGAGCGUCCUAGCUUACACAGGUCACUUUCUCAUCCAGCCAGGUUACUGUGUGGUGAGAGCAGGCCAGGCGUUGGGAUCCGGGGUUGGGACAGUGGUGCAGACGCUCCUUUCCUUGUUCUGGAUGCUGUUGGCAGCUCCAGUGAAGGCAGGCAGAGGACUUCUGUGGUUUCUUGCAACAGGAUGGUACCAGCUGGUGUAUCUCAUGGCUCUCCUCAACGUCUUCUUUCUGACACGAUGCCUUCCCAAACUCUGGAGGCUCCUGCUGCUCCUUUUGCCCCUUUUGCUCCUCCUCGCUUUAUGGUUGUGGGGUCCGUCCACUGCCGUCCUGCUCGCCUACCUCCCAGCCAUAAACCUAACCGAGUGGCGUCCUGCGUCUCCCUUCACCCUGCUGUCUAACUUGGUGCCAGCUUCUGCUCCAGUUCCUGCCUCUGUCCCCGUCCCUGCAGCAGAUACUCCAAUGGAGCUCACCUCAGCCACCCCAGUCUCACAGGCACCACCGUUCCUUCCCCCUGUGGCGGUCUCAAGUGUGGACAUGGAGCGACUGGAGCGCGUGGAGCGCCAACUAGCCCUGCUCUGGGAGCGAGUCCAGCAGGGUGACCAGAAGCAGGAGCAGCGUCACGGAGACAUUUUGGGUCUCUACAGCUCCCUGAAGGAGAAGCUCCACACUCAGACCGACAGGGAGAGCCUGGGAUUGUGGGUGUCCUCCCUGCUGGAGCAGAGACUCGUUGUGUUACGGGGAGAGCUGGAGCAGGAGAACACGGCCAGAGCACAGAGUGCAGAGCAGCGGAAACAGCAGCAAGAGGGUCAGGCUACACGGCUGGCAGAUUUAGAGUUGCUGCUCAAGACUCUGGCUGCCAAGACUGAGGAGAUGCAACAGAAGAAGCAGCAGCAGCAGCAUGAACAUGAGAAGCAGGAAAGAGAGAAGGAGAUUGUCACUUCAGCAGCAGACACAGUUCACCUCAGUGUGGGUGUGAAGCAGGAGGACCAUGAUGCUCUGCUCGUGGAGGUGCAGAGACUUGAGGUGGAGCUGGCCAAAAUCCGACAGGACCUGCAGGGUGUUGUGGGAUGUAAGGGCAAAUGUGAGCAGCUGGACACACUGCAGGAGACGAUAUCCGCCCAGGUGUCCUCCCAGGUGACCUCCCAGGUGCGUAAGGAGUUGCAGGCCCUGUUCUUCAGCAGUGGUGAGCAGGGAGCGGUGCCUGAGUCUCUGAUCCUCUGGCUGUCCCAGCGCUACGUGACCACACCCGACCUGCAGGCUUCCCUGUCCUCACUUGAGCUGAGCAUCCUGAGAAACGUGUCCCUGCAGCUGGAGCUUAACCACGCCCAAACCCUGGGUGAGGCCGGGUUUCAAGCCGAGACCAUCGUUAAGACUGUAACGGGAACUGUCCAACACGCCGCUGCUGCUGAGGGACUGACAGAAGAGCAAGUGAAGCUGAUUGUCCAAAACGCUUUGAGGCUCUACUCCCAGGAUCGAACAGGCCUGGUGGACUACGCGCUGGAGUCUGGAGGUGGCAGCAUCCUGAGCACUCGCUGCUCUGAGACAUACGAGACCAAGACGGCCCUCAUGAGUCUGUUCGGCCUGCCGCUCUGGUACUUCUCCCAGUCGCCACGUGUUGUCAUCCAGCCCGAUGUGUACCCCGGUAACUGCUGGGCAUUCAAAGGCUCUCAGGGUUAUCUGGUGAUCCGGUUGUCCCUGAGGAUCCUGCCUACAUCCUUCUGUGUGGAGCACAUCCCCAAGGCCAUGUCCCCGACAGGAAACAUCACCAGCGCCCCACGCAACUUCACUGUUUUUGGUCUAGAUGACGAGUACCAGGACGAAGGGAAGCUGCUGGGGCAGUACAUAUACGAGGAAGAUGGGGAGUCACUGCAAAGCUUUCCUGUUAUGGAGCAGAAUGACAGGGCCUUCCAGAUCAUCGAGGUGCGUGUGCUGUCUAACUGGGGUCAUCCAGAAUACACCUGCAUGUACCGCUUUCGAGUCCAUGGAGAACCUCGGCCUCAGUGAACCAACCACUACCAUUCUCGCUAAUAAAUGACAUAUCACCCUAUCUGUACAUAGCUCUGGCCAACUUCUUUAAAACGGAGGGGACUCGACGAAUGACGCGAAGACAGUGAAGUCGUGGAUUGUUAAAUGGACAUGCGUUUUGUAAUAUUGGAAGAAUCUCAAGGAAGUCUGUGUAGGGACUGUAAAUGAUCGUGGAAGAGGAAUAGAACCACAGAAGACGCUAAAACUCCCAGGCCCCUCUUCAUAAAAAGGCCUCUUGCACUGAAUCAGCCUGUGAGGGGCGGCACGCUCCACUGAGCGGACAAAUCCAUCCCCAUCUUGGCACCUUCCACUACAGGGAGGUGGACGCUUGAAACGGGGGAUUACAGACUCAUCUCCACCAGUUCUUCACACGCUCCAUCUCUUUGAUUUCUGUUUGUAAUCAUCUGUAUUUAACUUUGAUUCCCUGUAAGUCGACUAUUUUCAGGAUCAGAGCCACUGCAUCUUUUGCCUGUGGCGCUGUCCCGGCAUGUCACUCUCUUUGUUACUGUCGAGUCUCUGCAGUGGAUUUAUUUGAGCUGUUUGGGCAGCCUGCAGGACUGGACCACACUGGACAGUGGGUGUACAGUGGACACGCAAGGUUCACUGCAUUCAAAGGCUCGGCGUCAUGCAUCCGCAUAGCCAUAACCUUUGGAAGAGAACAUGCUGCCUAUGGACACACUGAAUGUUUCCUCGAGUGGAGGCUUGAUGCAAAUCAUCCUUUAACUUCACAGCAACACUGUACUCAUCUGACCUGAGCUCUGUGUAUUAGGAGGCUCUUCACUAUGUACAUUAGACAAAGUAUGUGUAUGGUUAUGGAUGGACUCCAGGAUUAAUUCUAGCAUGUGAUUCUUCCCAAACCAUACUACUUAACUUUUACAUGCAUCGUGGAUUUACAUGAGCGAAUGUCCUCUUUGAAGUUUUGGCUCCUGUGCCUGGAUCUCAAGUUACUAAUGACUGACGUUGAAGGCUAAAUAAUAUAACUACUCCUAUAGACAAGAGUGUGACUUUUCUUUUCAGUUUUUCUAAAGAGGGGACUCUGUCUGUCUCCUUGCACAGUUAUAAAUGUCCUGCUCACAUGGACUCCCUCUAUUCUGAAACCCUGAAGGAAUGUAAUUUGUAUAUUUCGUUGUUGAUAGUUGGUCCUUUUAUUAUAUCUGCUUUUAUCAGUGUUGCUUUAUAAAGAAAAUCAUCCUGUCAUUAUCAUAAUUAUUAUUAUUGCAUUACUACCAUUAUUUCUACUGUUACUCAUUGUGGGGUUUUGCUUUUUUUGGUAUGUUUUUGGGGGUUGUUGAUGUCAGAGGAUGAACUGCAACAGCUUGUUAGAGAAAUGGUUUUGGCACAGGUCUUCACAAAUUUGUUUUUAAAAAUGGCGGGUGAGUGUAGUGAUUGAUUUUGGUUGCAUAUAUGGGGAAGUCUAAAGUUGUAUGUAUAAAAAAUGUUUUAUUCACAAUCUUAUUUAUUAACAAGUCAAAUAGUAAAUUCAAGAAUUGAGUUGCUGCAAUGUAUAUUUUGUCAAAAGCUGUUCAGUGCAUUUUGGAACCAUCUUGGGACUUUUUUUUUUUAAGAUAAAUGGCUAUUUUUGUUCAGUCAUGAGAAGACUUAACUGCUUUGGAGUAUAUUCCAAUAAAGACUUUAAUUUUGAA